CAAACACUAAAAACACACACACAAACACAUUAUCAAAAAACUUCAUUUUUUUUUCUUUCUAGAAUUAGAAAGAUUAUAAUGGAUUCAGUCCCAUCUUUUAAAUCAUCACUAAGAUUUAUAUCACACCAAUCUUUUUUUACAGCCGUCCGAUCAAAUGAUCUUGAAUCAGUUAAAUUGAUAAUAAAUGAAGAAACUGAUAAAGAUUUGGUAAAUGGUUUAAUGGGUAUGCAAAAUGAUGCCGGUGAGACUGCUUUUUAUAUUGCAGCUCAGAAUAAUUUUCAAGAUAUUUUUUGUUACUUGAUGAAGUUUUGUGACGAAAUUGAAGUCUUGAAACUAAGGUCUAAAUCAGAUUUUGAUGCUUUCCAUAUUGCUGCUGCUCAAGGUCAUUUAGGAAUUGUGAAGGAACUUCUGAAAUUAUGGCCAGAGCUUUGUAAAGUAUGUGACGUGAAAAACACUAGCCCGUUGUAUACAGCAGCUGUGAAGGAUCAUCUGGAUGUUGUGAAUGCCAUUUUAGAUGCAGAUCCUACUUGCAUAAGGAUAGUGAGGAAGAAUGGGAAAACUGCAUUGCAUACCGCGGCUAGAUAUGGCAAAACAAGCAUGGUAAAAACACUAAUUGACAGAGAUCCAGGAAUUGUAUCUAUUAAAGAUAAAAAGGGUCAGACUGCACUUCAUAUGGCUGUAAAAGGGCAGAGUACUGAUGUUGUGGAUGAUUUGUUAAACGCUGAUCACUCCAUUUUAAACGAACGUGACAAGAAGGGUAGCACCGCUAUUCAUAUUGCUACUAGAAAAGGACGAUCACAGAUUGUAAGCUUGUUGUUGAGCUUCACCUCAAUCAGUGUUAAUGUAAUCAACUUUCAACAAGAAACCGCUAUGGAUAUAGCCGAUAAGCUUAAUUACGGGACUGCAAAGUUAGAAAUCAUGGAAGCUCUUGGUGAAGUCGGUGCCAAACAUGCACGAGAUGUUGGUAGAAUUGAUGAACAGAUGGAACUGAAACGAACCGUUAGUGACAUCAGACAUGAAGUCCAUUCACAACUUUUACAAAACGAAAAAACCCAAAAACGUGUUUCUGGUAUCGCUAAAGAGCUUCAAAAGAUCCACCGGGAAGCUGUUCAAAAUACCAUUAACUCGUUAACUGUUAUAGCAGUUUUAUUCGCGUCCAUAGCUUUCUUAGCUAUUUUUAAUCUUCCCGGGCAGUAUAAAAAUACAGGUAAAGAAGCAGGUGAAGCUGACAUUGCUCACACACCUGCUUUUCGAGCUUUUUGUUUGUUCAAUGCCACAUCACUCUUUAUAUCAUUAGCGGUAGUGGUGGUUCAAAUUACAUUGGUGGCAUGGGACACGAGUGCCCAGAGACAGAUUGUUUCUGUUGUGAAUAAGUUAAUGUGGGCGGCUGCUAUUAGCACUUGUGGGGCGUUUUGUUCCAUUGCGUUUGUGGUGGUCGGGAAAAGAAAUUCAUGGAUGGCUAUCACGAUUACUGUUGUUGGUGUUCCGAUUCUUCUUGGGACACUUGUUACUCUGUCUUAUCAUGUUUUGAGGCAACAUGGGUACUUGGGGGGGAGUGAUUCUCAGAGAAAGAUAAGGAGGGGAAGUGGAAGUAGGUCUUUCUCAUUGUCGUAUUCUGCCAACAUAUCGGAUGAUGAAUCAGACCACGAAAAGAUAUACGCCCUGUGAAUUAUGAACUUGCCAUUCGUCCUCAAGGAGAAAAGAAACCCAGAUUAUUACUCUCUCAUAUAUAUGAAGGCUACCGUUUUGUAGGUUAUGUACAUAUCGAUGUAUAGGAAUUUCGGUCCUAGUGUUAUUUAACCAUGGUUGGUUGAUGUAACCAUAUGUAUGCCUCAUGUGUAGCAUGUUAUCGUCCCAAUAGACCAAUGGGGCGGCUUGCUUUAUACACCUUCGAUGAAUUAUAAUAUAGUGUCGCAUAGUAAUUACCACCUUAA